UCUUGGGCUUCCACGGCGGGGGCCGGGGUCACGUGGGGUUGCGGCCGACAACAACGUUUCGGCUUCUUGGGCUUGGACAGGAGCCAUGGCGGCGUGCGUCUCCGACGACGACGGCCGUCGCCGUCACAGCAGCCGGCGCCGGCUCCGCUGGCGUUCCUGCUUCAGUCGCUUGCUGCUGUUGUUGUUGUUGUUGCUGCUGCUAGAGACGGGGACGGGGACUGCCCAGGCAGAGGAGCCGGGCCCAGGCUGCGGAUGCGGAGCUCAGAGCCGAGCGGCAAGUGCGGCAGAUCCUGUGUCCUCCGUGGACCCCAUGCUCAGGGACCCAGGGUACCCGGAAUCCAACCUGGAUGGGGCAAAGGAUGCGGUUUUCAAGUACUCUGAGAGCGCCAACACAGCUUAUGACCAGAGCGCCAUGAAGGCUGUGCCCGGCGGGACAUUCACCAUGGGCACAGACGAACCCAUCAUCGUGCCGGACGGCGAGGGCCCUGCUCGGCGCGUACGAGUGCGCGCCUUCCGCGCUCACUCACACGAGGUCAGCAAUGCUGACUUUGAGAGAUUUGUGAGCGCAACGGGGCACGUUACGGAGGCAGAGAGCUUCGGCGACUCGUUUGUUCUGUCGGGAAAGCUGAGCGACACAGUUCGAGACGAAAUCACGCAAGCGGUGGCUGCUGCUCCCUGGUGGCUCCCAGUGAAAGGUGCCAACUGGAGACAUCCAGAGGGACCCGACUCCAACAUCACCGGCCGGAUGGACCACCCUGUGGUGCACGUGUCGUGGAAUGACGCCAGCACCUUCUGCAAGUGGGCUGGCAGCCGCCUGCCAACUGAGGCCGAGUGGGAGUAUGCGUGCAGGGGCGGCUUGGAGAACAGGCUGUUCCCCUGGGGGAACAAGAUGACUCCGCGAGGGCAGCACUACAUGAACGUGUGGCAGGGAGACUUCCCGCUCGCUGACACGGGGGAGGAUGGGUACCCGGGCACGGCACCUGUGACGGCUUUUCCUCCAAAUGCGUACGGCCUUCACAACAUGGUCGGGAACGUGUGGGAGUGGACGUCGGACUGGUGGACGGUCCAUCACACGGCCGAGGAGCAGAGCAACCCCACGGGGCCUCACACUGGCUCGGACAAAGUGAAGAAGGGCGGUUCUUACAUGUGUCAUAAGUCGUACUGCCACAGGUACCGCUGUGCGGCGCGAAGUCAGAACACACCCGACAGUUCCGCCUCGAACCUCGGCUUCAGGUGCGCUGCCGAUGACCCGGAGUCAAACCCCAAGUCGCCUGAACCUUCGGAAGAACUCUAGCCUGUUUCGGAAACCAGGAAAUGCAUACUAAAAUGUGUGUGGUAUUUGUAAAUCUGUACUUUACUUGGGAUAUGAAUCCCAAGAGAGACGGUGAACGGUGUGAUUCUAGCUCAGUGUUAACAAUUGUUUGUUGUGAAAUAGGCAAACAUCAUAGCUGGAACAACUGCGUAUAUAUUUACAGCACUCAGUCUUUUUAUAUGAAUGAACAUUCACAGGUCUUGUGAAAUUCGUUUUGUUUUAAUGGCAAAUGUACCUAAGGGAAGACUUAACAUGAUUUAUUUAUAUAAAACCUUGCAAAUUAUCGUACGUCCCGAGGAAUAGUCUAAUCGAUUUAAAUAUUUUAAUCUGCGCUUUUUUGUAAAAAAAUGGUCCAGUUGAUUUGAUCUAAAAAAGGGAUACUAUUUAGUAAGGAUGUCACCAUGCAUCAAUUCAUUAAAAAUUAUUUAUUAUGCUCACAUUAAUUGCAUUGAAUGACGUGUAUAAGAAUAUUUUGAUACUUUAUACUUUUUAUUAGAUUCACGUGACCCCCUGCUGUCACUAGAGGCAGCUGCAUUCACCUCAAUACAAACAAAGUAAAAUGUAUUCAUGACCGUUCGCAAAACAUUCUUUUUUUGUAAACUGUGA